GUGGGUGGGGGUAGGGAAUGAGAUGGGACGAGGGCUGCGGUGGGAAUAAAGACAGCGUGGAGCCAAGGACAAGCUCCUAGCGAGAGACAGAGAGAGAGAGGGCGCACGGUCGACAGUCCAUCAUUAAGAUCUGCACGACCAACGACGAGGCGACAGUCGGCGAGCGGCAUCGGUACCAAGGACAGCGGCUUCCGUACCGGCAGCGAGAAUCCGCGGUGCCGAUUCAGCCCGCGACCAUUACGGCGGCGUAAGGGGACGACGCUCUGAUUGAAUGUCAAGGGCCUCGCUCGUACAGAGAAGGGUCCAGUAUCGGGGGGAGGGGGGGGGAGGGGGUACCUAGAGGGUACUAAAGGGGAUCCCGCGGGGGCGCUCGAGCCCUAGAACCUGCUCGUGACUGGACGGACGGUGGACACGGUGGAGCCGUGGAACUGUUAGCGCGGAGAUGGAGCGGUGAGGAGGGAGUCGCAGUUCUGCCGCGGCGCGUCCACGGGGAUUCAUCUCGGAGCCUCUUCCCACACAAGCCAGCGCCAUACAGUAUACAUUUAUAUACUGUAUAGCUACAGCACUUGUCCGCACUGGGGGAAGUGGAGGGGGGAGGCGAGGCUCGUCCACCAUGGGAUGCGGAGGGAGCAAAGCGGACGCCAUCGAGCCGCGCUACCACGAGAGUUGGACCAAGGAGACGGAGAGCACGUGGCUCACGGGCACAGAGUCCGAGGUGCCCCUCUCCGCCAUCCCCGCCGCGCCGGGCAGCCUCGACGCGGCGUCCUGCGCCGACAGCGGCGACGGCGGCUCCCUGAGCCUCAUGAGCGCCGGGAUCUUUGACGACGGCCUGGCGUACCCGGCGCAGGCGUACGUCACGAUGAGCCAGUCGGAGCACCUGCACGAGGCCACCGGGCCGAGGGACUCCGCGCUGGAGAACGCCGACGCCUCCACCCCCGAGGACCCUUCGCCGGCCACGGGCGAAGGGUCGAGACGCCCCUCUGAGCCCCCCGUCGGCGGCGCCGCCACUACCGGCGAGGCGGCGGCUGCGGUGGCUGCGGAGGCGGUGGGCGGCUCUCCCGAGCGCUCCUCGCUCUCCGUGGAGCUCUUCCCGGCCACGAGGACGCACGCGCACCACGCCAGCACGGGCGCCGAGAUCACCACGCUCGAGAAGAAGAGCGUCAUCCGCACCGAGGAGACGAAAUGGCAGGCGAACCGCAUGUCCACCAAGCAGGUGACCAUCACCAUCACCAAGAGCAUCCGGCAGAUCGGCAAAUCGGGACGCAAGCCCGAGGCCACGGCCGCCUGUGCCACCAAGCUCCAGACAAGCAAAGCAGGCCCCGUGAACUAAGGGCGAGGAGGAAGGGAAGUGGAGUCGGGCGUGGGGGGGGGGGGGGUCCGAUUUGUAUCCUGCCGGCAAUGUCGACCUCUCCCCCCCUCCUUCGGUAUCCAUCAAAGACAAAGAUACUCGCGUAAGCGUCUUAAGAGACUGUUGGGGCAAGUGCUGUUGGCGAGCACCUAUGAAGGCCGGCACGGUACA